ACCCUUUGAGAACCGCUGACCUAAGGUAACCACAAGACAGACCCCGUAGCCCAGUGAAACCCGAAGCGAAAAGCCCGCGGGAUGCGCCCAGGGCGCUCCGCUUAGCACUGAGAACUGAAAAUGCCCCCCGAAUCCUCAAGCAGCGCCGGGCGCAGAAAUGAGUCCAAAACCUGCCGCCAAGGCGGGGCCAGAACGGGCUGCAGCGGCCGGACUCGCCCGAGGCUCAGGGCGGAAGCUGCGGCGGCUCUGGAACCACCUGCGCACUGCCCGCCCGCCGCAGGUAGGCCGGCCCCCGGGGGGAGGAGCGCGGCCAGGUGCUCCCCAGGUAGCCGCCUCCGCCCUCUCGCCCCGCUCUGGGCCGCGGCCUCCCGGGAUCACCGUAGGAACUUACCGCGCGCGUCCUCGCGUGGACCAGGCGCCUCUCCACGGACCCCAGGCGCUUCCUCCGCCCCAGCGCGGGAGCCUCCCCGGCCUCCCGGGAUUGUCGCGGAGAUCUGGGGGGCGCCGAGACGGAGGGUCCGGCGGCCGGAGGGACUACCCAACGACGGGGCUCCGGCCCGGGAGCUGCUGGAACAUGCGCCCGGAGCCGCAGUUUGUUUGACAGUUACCAGACUAUGAUUACACUGCUGGUUCUACUCAGCCAACUGCCCAUGGUUACCUUCGCGUUUCCUCAUUGCACAAGGAGUCCGAAGGAGCCCAGGCAUGCUCGAGAAGAAGUCUUCACAGCAAAAGAAGAAGCAAACCUUUUCAUACAUAGACACCUGCUAUAUAAUAGAUUUGAUUUGGAGCUCUUCACUCCCGGUGACCUAGAAAGAGAGUGCAGAGAAGAAAUUUGUAAUUAUGAAGAAGCCAGAGAAAUCUUUGUGGAUGAAGAUAAAACGAUGGCGUUCUGGCAGGACUAUUCCAUCAAAGGACCAACCACAAAAUCAGAUGUUAACAGAGAGAAAGUUGAUGUCAUGGGCCUUCUGACUGGAUUAAUUGCUGCUGGAGUAUUUUUGGUUAUUUUUGGAUUACUUGGUUACUAUCUUUAUAUCACCAAGUGUAACAGGCAACAAUAUCCCAGUUCUUCAGCCACCUACGUAAGAAGGGGGAGGCACACUCCCUCCAUCAUUUUCAGAAGACCUGAGGAGGCUGCCUUGACCCCGUCACCCCUUGCGGUGGAGGACACAGGAUUACCUUCUUAUGAACAGGCAGUGGCACUGACCAGAAAGCACAAUGUUUCCCCGCCACCACCAUAUCCUGGGCCAGCAAAAGGGCUUCGAGUAUUUAAAAAGUCUAUGUCGCUCCCAUCUCACUAGGCCCGCCAUGGUGGUAUCGGAGAUUCCUGUUAUUUGAAUGGUUCCUUUUCCCCAAACCAAAGAGACAUGUUACUUCAGCCCCUUUAUGACAAACUGCAAGGAGCAAAGAAAGAAUAAGCAUGUGUAUAUGACACCACAGCAGUUCUGUUGGCAUCUUGGACCUGAACUUGAUCAUUAUCAGCCUGGUAAGAAACUCACCAUUACCAGUUUGAUAAGAAACUUGGACUCCAUAGCUUUGCAGUAAAGAAGAGAGCACUUUUUUGUUUAACGGUUCAGAAAAUCUGUGUUAUGGAUGUCAUAGCUAGAACUGGUGAACUGUCUUUUGUACAGAUAAAGUUUGUAGAUUUCUUGUGUUGAAUAUUAAAAAAAAAAAAAAGAGUUUCUGAUCAUUAGAUUAUCCGAAGUCAGAAUAUUAGACCCACUCUUUAUUAGGAUUUCUUUGUGGUUGGAAAUCUGUCACAAAAUUGGACACUUCAGUAUAAACUGGUGGCCUUAAUAUAAUCACUUCGUUUUACAUUUUAAAUUAUUGCAUAGCAUUCACCGUAUUUUGUAGGUUUUAGUUGUUAACAAUUGCUAUCAGUCAUGUUUUGUUAUGGGAGUGGAGUAAGUAAUUUAAAAGUCACUUGCUAGGGAGUGAGUUCUUCAGAGGGUACAGAGUUGCAAUGGCAAGGAUUUGCAAGGGUUGUUAUACUAUCAAAUAUAUAGGCUUCAAAUCUAGGAGUGACUAGAACUUGAAAAAGUUGCCCAUGCUACUGAUGAGUAGACACAUCCAUUUUCAUUGCUAAAUUAUCUAUAUAUAACUACAUGUAAUUUUUUAUCUUGAAAAUAUGUUGAAGUUUAUAAAUAAUAGUUCGAGAACCUAGAAAAAUUAAUUUACUUUCCUGCUAUUAAAAUAAUACCAACUAAAGUUACCAGCAACCCCUUGUAUCUCUUAAUGUCUGGACCCAAAACACCAUAAGGAAUCAUUUUAACCUAUACUUUGUCUCUUCUUUUAAUUGUAUAUAUGACCAGUCUUCCUUAAGAAUGUAGUAGAAUAUAAGCUAUAAACCUCUGGAGGAGUGUGUUUGCACACAUUUACGUGAGUGGGUAUGGAUGUAGAUGUGAAUUUAUUUUCUCUUUGCAGGAACUCAAGAAAUAACAUACUCCUGAGAAAUAAAAGAAAAAAUUCUGUUCUUGUUGUUUUGCUAGGCAUUGCAUUUUCCUAUUAUUUAAGACCAUUUGUAAAAUUGUAUUUUGUUUUAUAAUUUUUACAGAACUGAGACUAAAACCCACAUAUAUUUGGUAAUUCCUUCCAAUUAAAUGCUUAGAAAGUAUAAAUCAU